AUGAAUAAUUCAAGAUCAACAGUCAAAAAAGGAACAAAUAAUCUUCCAAUUUAAACUGGAGACUUGGAAGAAUAUAUAUAAAUAUUAUAUGAUCAUUAAAAGAGCUGUGAGAAGGCAGGGAAAUAUUUGGAAGCAGAUUAAGCAAAAAAAAGAUUGGGGGAAUUAAAAAAAGAUUUGGAUUAAAAAAAUAAGUUUGAGGUCAAGGAUAGACAUACCAAUGAAAAAUCAGAAAUUGAGAAGGCUCAUCUUGAAGAAUUUAAUCAAUUUAACGAAUUCUGGGAUCAGAAAAUGGCUGAAUUUGAUUAGGAGGCAUAGAGAGUGAAAGAAUAGGUUCUUUAAAGACAAGAUGAAGAGUUGAGUCAAUUCACAGAUGAAUUAGAAAACUCAAUUCCUGUUAAACCAAAGGAUUCAGCAGAACUACUUAGUUUAAGAAAGACUGAGGAAUCUUUGGCAAGAUAAGAAAAUUACCAAGAGGCUCAUGUCACUUAAUAAAGGAUUUUAUCAAUGGAGAGAGAUGAAUAUGAAAGAUGGAAUUAAUAAAGAUCAUGUAAGAUCAAAAAUCUGAUUCUUCAACUUAAACAAAAACAAAGCAAUGAACUUAGUGCUUUACAGUAAAGAAUUCUUUCCGGAUAAGAAGAACAACGAAAGAUUAGAUCAUAGGAAUUGGAGAAAUUAUUAUAAAAGUAUUAGAAUGUGAGAAAGGAAUUGAGCAGUUAAUAGAAUUAAGAAAUCACAAGACUUGAUAAGACUAUGAAAACUUAAUCAAUUAUGUAGUAAUCAAGAAUGAACUCAUCCAAAAUGUAGGGUUCUGCAAUGAGAAAAGGGGAUGAAGAAAAUUACUAUAUUAAAUGA